AUGUUUCACAAUGAUGUACAAACACAACCCAAUAACAAUUCGAAACGGAAUACUAAUGAGCAUCCAAUUAAUCGAAUACUUACAGCUUAUUUUAAUACUAAUAAACAGAUAGGAAAUUCUCAGUCAAGUACUCGAUCAAACAAUUACAAAUCAGAAACAAGUCAUAUUAUUCAACGUCAACGAGUUAUACGUUCGUUUUUAAAUAAAACAGAUGAAACUGAAUCAUCUCUUCAAAAACCAACAACAUUUGGUACUAAAUUCAAAGUAUCACCAACAUCUAUUUCAUCUCCACAUUUAUUAUUUAAUGAAUUAAAUGAACAAUCAACAAAUAAUAAUAAUAAUCGUUUACAAACAAUAAAAAAAGAACUUGACCGACAAUCACCGAUAUUAAUUCGUAAUAAUCGUCCUAGCGCUGGAUAUUCUUCUCCUUUUCAACUAAGGUCAGAUGUAGCGAAUGUUUCUGGACAUAAUCUACCGUUAGCAAUUUCACCAAAUUUUACAUUUCGAAAUAAAGUAUCACAAGCAUAUCUAUCGGAUAGAUCAUCACUUAAUAAAAAUGAUCGCAUAGCUACACCACAUAUAAAACCAAUAACUUAUUCUAAAACAAUUAGUGAAAAUACACUUAAACAAAAUUCAUUAAAUUCAACAUUAAUUCAUCAAAAUAAUUUUCUUUCAAUGCAUAAAUGGACACCAAAAUUAACAGAACAAGAACCUAUUCAUAAUCGAGCAUUAAAUAGUAUAUUACAUCCAAAAUCACAUUUAUCAAGAUAUUUUUUAAAACGUCAUUAUCAUUCAUUACAAUCUGAAAGAAUAAAUACUAAUACAAAAAUAAAUAAUAUUCAAGAUUUAUUUAUUUCAACACGAUCAUUAAAUAAUCCACAUCAUGAAUUAGAAAUGAAUAAAAAAACACGUCGAAAAAAAUUAAUUACUGAUGAAUGGGAAGAUUCUAAAUGGAGCCAUAGUGGUGUGUCCGAUGAAGAUGAAUCGAUCAGUGCUGAUGGAAAUAGUUCAACAUCAACAUGUCCAUCUCAAGCUAGUGCUCAACAAUAUGAUCAUAUAUCAUCUACAAUUGCUGCUGUAUCUGAUCAAUAUGAAAUGUUCUUAUCUCCUAAUUCAUCUGUUGAUAGUUCAAAAUCAAAAUCUCAACAUUCACCAACCAAAAGAAGUAUAUUACGACGGCGUACAUAUAAUAUUGCUCUACCACCUGUAGCUGAACAUGAUAAUGACGAAGAAGCAGGUGAUGAAUUUUAUUAA